AUGGAGUUUAAUCCAGAGCUAUCAUCCCACGACGGCUUCGCCGCAUACUAUUGGCCCAAGAUGCCCCCAGACCAAUCUGCCACCAUCGCUCACCCGGCCUGGACCACGUACGACCCGCACUCCGCGGCCCAACACUCCAUCAACCCGCUACUGAUCGUCAAGGAGACCCAAUCUGAAAAUGAGGCAGCCCUCACUAGAAACCACUCCCCCGUCCACGAGGUCUACCACGACCACAAUUACCACCUCCUCAACCACGAGGAAGAAGUUUGUCCUCCGCGGUUCACCGAGCCUCUCAACGUUGCCCAUGUGCCGUAUUCGAAGUCAACCGUCUCUUUGGAUUCCCUUAAACAGCCUGUCCUGUGGAUUGACGAGCCCAUAACCGAACAGCCAGCAAUGAAAUACCACCAAGACCUGCCGGAGUUCAAAAGCCCAUCGUUUGUCUCCGAACCCCGCCACUCUAUGUCAUUCGCUCCAACUGACCCGCAUGAUCGCCCGUGGCACAAGCGAACAGUUUCCGAACCGGUCUUCGGAGCUAAAAAUCAGGGCCCUGCUUUUCCGAAGGUCACAAUGAAGGAACGGUCCGACUCCUGCAUGUUCGACGCGGAAUAUUGGUCUAAUGUCAACAAGUUCCUCCCUGUGCCGUGUGAAGAGAACGCUCCGCCAGCUUUCACUGUGCCUUUUGUCCAGACUGUAAAGCAGCUAGAAAAAACCUCGCAAAAAUUGAUGAAUUAUCUCUUGAACGAUUACGAUCUGGUGGCGGAAUUACACCAGACUCCAAACUCUUUCGAUCAGACCGUGGAACUCUCCAACAAGAGACGCAAGGUGGGCGACGACAUCAAUUGGAAGCCCCUGUCCGCCGGCAGCGUGCUGGGAUUAAACGAGAUCUUCAAGCUCCACCAAAGAGAAGUAAAUAAUAUGCUCCAAAACUGCACGGACUCUUGUUUCGGCGAACUAAACAUGCGGGAGCUCCGGGCUUGGAAACGCGGCGACAGAGAGCUCAAACGGCGACAUCCGCAGGCAUCCCCUUUCUAA